GCUGAUCGUUACCGAACCAUGGCGGGCUCCGCGGCGGCCGUCUUCCUGUCGUCGGUCAUCGCGCUGCUUUGCCUGUACCACCUCCUCCUCCCGGUCCCGGACCCGGCAGCCGGCCCCGUCGGCGCCCUUCGCCGCGCGCACCGCCGCGCCGGGCGCCACCAGCAUCACCAUGUGUCGUCGUUAGAGUCUAGCAACACCACCCCCUUGGGCUCCUCCUCCGGCGAGCACCCCGGCCUCCCGGACAUCGAGACGUUCCGCGACGCGCUCGACCGGCUGCCCGCCGACUGGUCGGGCUUCGACGCCGAGCUCGGCCCGCUGGGCCGCUACUUCGGGCCGGCCGCGCCGCUGGGCGUGCGGGAGCGCCUCGUGUACCUGUUCGCCAUCCUCGACAGGUCGCCCAGGGACGGCGGCGUCAGCCUCGCCGAGCUGGAGGCGUGGCUGCGCCGGCAUGCCGCCGCCCGGCUCGAGGCCGCCACGCGGAGGGAGAUGGCCAAGCACGACAGGAACGGCGACGGCGCCGUCGCGCUCAGCGAGUACAGAGGUAUGAAGCCCGGCAAACCUUGGGGGUGGCUGCACAAGUUUGCGACCGCCGACGGCGAUGGAGACGGCUCGCUCAACGCCGCCGAGUUGAACGACUUCCUGCACCCUGAAGACAGCAGCCAUGAGACAAUGCAGCUCUGGCUACUGAAGGAUAAGCUAAGUGAGAUGGACCACGACGGAGACAGGAGAUUGAGCUUGGAGGAGUUCGUCCACCUAUCUCACGCUCUGGAUCACAUCUCCAUUGCACAUCACCUGGGUGACCAUGGACUCGCGCGUGCCCAAGCUGAAAAGAAGUUCCAGGACCUCGAUGCCGACAUGGACAACUAUCUGACAGUGGAAGAGGCACGCCCUGUAAUCCAGAGCCUCCUUACAGGGGAGUUUUCGUAUGCUACCUCACAAGCCAAGCUUUUGAUGAAGGCUGACAGCGAUGGAGAUGGCAAGCUAUCCCUGGACGAGAUGCUCAACGAUUACACAUCCUUCUACAACAUCGUUUAUAUGGAUGACCAUUACGAUAGCGAAGAAGUUGACGGUGAUUACCGCGACGAGCUAUGACAUAACUUAGGCAGGA